UUUAGAUGGCUAAAACUUAUGGAAACAUCUACAGUUUGUUUGUGGGCAGUGAUCCCCUGAUUAUACUAAAUGGAUUCCACACAAUAAAAGAUGCUUUAGUUAACCAAGCACAUGUGUUUUCUGACAGACCUAGAGACCCGCUCUUCAUAAAAGCCAGUAAUAUGAAAGGUAUUAUUACAGCUCCAUAUGGACAGCCAUGGAAAGAACAGAGAAGGGUUUCUCUCAUGUUGCUAAAAAAUUACGGGCUGGGAAAAAAGCCGAUGGAAAUAAGAAUCCUAAAAGAAGUAAAAAGUUUAGUGAAAUCUUUCAAUGACAUGGAUGGUCAUCCCUUUGAUCCCAAAGCAUUAAUCAGUACUUGUAUUUCAAGGAUUAUCUGUUCUGUUUUAUUUGGUGAACAGUUUUAUACCAGAGAAAAUGAAUUUGCCAGGAUGAUUGAAAUGACUGAAGAAAAUAUGAAACUCUUUGGAGGCAUAUGGGGACAGGUUUACAAUACAGUACCCAUCGUCAGAGGCCUCCCGCUUCCCUUUCAAAGAAUUUUUAAAAAUGUUGAUGCAAUCCAAGAUACCUUAAGACAGGUAUUAGAGGAACACAAAAGGGCUAUAUCACAUGAAGAAAAAAGAGAUUUCAUUGACUGGUAUUUAGAAGAAAUGGAUAAAAGAAAAGAUAAUGGAACUUUCCUGGAUGAAGAAAAUCUUUUCAUCUUGAUGGGUGACCUCUUAGCAGCAGGAACAGAUACAACUAUCAACACCACUUUGUGGGCAUUGCUGCUAAUGGCAGCUUAUCCUGAUGUUCAAGAAAAGUGUUACAAAGAAAUCAAAUGCAUGAUUAACAACAAGGAAGAUCUGUAUUAUGAAGACAGACCGAGAUUACCAUACACACUGGCUGUUAUUCAUGAAAUCCAGCGUUUUUCAAACAUACUUCCUCUUGCAGUACCUCAUGCUACAAAAAAGGACACAUUGUUUUGUGGCUACACCAUCCCAAAGGGAACUAAAGUGCUUGCUGACCUGACAUCAGUUCUCCAUGAUGAAUCCCAAUGGAAGUUUCCAAAUGAGUUUAAUCCAUACAAUUUUCUAAAUUCCAAAGGAGAAUUUGAGAAGCAAGAAGCAUUUUUACCGUUUUCAAUAGGUCCAAGAAUAUGCCUGGGUGAGAACCUUGCUAGGGUGGAAAUAUUCUUGCUUUUUACAACAUUACUUCAACACUUUGAAAUUCUCUGGCCUGAUUCUUUGACCGCACCAGACCUCACUCCUGUCUUUGGAAUCACUCAGAGCCCAUUACCUUUCGAAGUCAGUAUGAAAGUAAGAAGCUGAAGAGUGAAGAUGAGCAAAAACACCUGAAGGACUUUCAGACAUUCUUUGCACAACAUAACCCCUUCAUGUAGCACUUCAAAACCUAUUAUAGUUGUAUUAUAACUUUUUACUUGUUCCAAAAAAAAUUAAGUUGAUAUGAUACAUUCUGAGGUGUAUUAUAUUAACAUACAUAAACACAGAAUUAUUCCACUUAAAUAUUGUAAAACACCAUAUUUGUUCAUUAACAAAAAGCCUGCCCUAUUUUUGUUUUGCCUGAAAAGGAUGUCUGUAUAACUUACAUAAUAAAGUCACAGUAGAUGGAUAUAAAUGUUAA